AGGGAGUGGACCAGGUCAGGUCCCAGGGGAAAUCCUCCCUCCCUCUGAACCGUCUUUCUUCUCCCUUCUUCGCAGAUAUCCCGAGAUUAGGUCCCUAGCUUCCAAACAGAGGAUCAGGUAUGUUUAGAGAUUGGCCAGAGAGGCAAGGUACCGAGGCAUCAAUGUGAGCAGCCUCUGCAGGCACCUGAUGGGGAGAAGGAGUCUCCCGGAUCCCAAGCAGAAUGUCUCAGGAUGAUGACACAUUGAGAAGAGACAUCCUGGAGCAUGAGCUUGCUGCUAUGAGGCUGCAGAAGCUGGAACAGCAGCGGCGGCUGUUUGAAAAGAAGCAGCGACAGAAGCGCCAGGAGCUCUUCAUGGUUCAGGCCAAUCCUGACGCUUCCCUGUGGCUUUGGCGCUCGUGUCUGCGGGAGGAGCGCCUUUUAGGUGACAGAGGCCUUAGGAACCCUUUCCUCCGGAAGAAAGUGUCAGAGGCACAUCUGCCCUCUGGCAUCCACAGUGCCCUGGGCACCGUGAGCUGUGGUGGAGACGGCAGGGGCGAGCACGGCCUCCUGACACCCCGGACAGAAGCAGUGUUCAGGAAUCUCGGUCUCCAGUCCCCUUUCUCAUCCUGGCUCCCAGACAAUUCCGACCCAGAAUUGGAGGAAGUCUCCGUGGAGAAUGGUUCGGUCUCUCCCCCACCUUUUAAACAGUCUCCGAGAAUCCGACGCAAGGGUUGGCAAGCCCGCCAACGACCUGGGACCCGUGCAGAGGGUGAGAGUGAAUCCCAGGAUGUCGGAGAUGCAUACAAGGCACCCAGUAUGGGACCAAACCCUGGAAUGGAUGGUGACUGGGUAUAUGAAAACUUGGCCUUCUACAAGGAAGAAGACUUGGAAAAGAAGAGAGAGGCCUCAGAGUCUACAGGGCCGAACUCAGCAGCAGCUAACGAAGAGUUGUUCGAGGCCCUGAAAGGCGAGGGCGGCACGGACAGCGACCAUAUGAGGCAGGAAGCCUCCUUGGCAAUCCGCUCCCCCUGUCCUCGGCUGCAGGAGGACAUGGAAGCCUAUGUGCUACGGCCAGCAGUCCCGGGUACCAGGAUGCAGUGCUACCUCACCCGUGACAGGCGCGGCGUGGAUAAGGGCUUGUUCCCCCUCUACUACCUCUACCUGGAGACCUCCGACAGCCUGAAGGUGCAGUCAGCCGGCCCAACAGCCUUGGGACACUUCCUCCUGGCUGGGCGAAAGAGAAGAAGGAGCAAAACUUCUAAUUACCUCAUCUCCCUGGAUCCCACAGAUCUAUCUCGGGAUGGGGACAACUUCGUGGGCAAAGUCAGAUCCAAUAUCUUCGGCACCAAGUUCACCAUCUUUGACAAUGGGGUGAAUCCUGACCGGGAGCAUUUAAUCAAGAAUACUGCCCGGAUCAGACGGGAGCUGGGGGCUGUGUGUUAUGAGCCCAACAUCUUAGGAUACCUGGGGCCUCGAAAAAUGACUGCGAUUCUCCCAGGAACCAACAGCCAGAACCAAAGAAUCGAUGUCCAGCCACGAAAUGAACAGGAGUCACUACUGAGUCGCUACCAACGUGGGGAAAAACAAGGGUUGCUUUUGCUGCACAGCAAAACCCCGUCGUGGAACAAGGAGAACGGUGUCUACACGCUCAAUUUCCAUGGUCGAGUCACUCGGGCUUCGGUGAAGAACUUCCAGAUCGUGGAUCCCAAACACCGUGAGCUCCUGGAAACCAUUUUAGCCGGGCCAGCGGAACAUCUGGUGCUCCAGUUCGGCCGAGUGGGCCCAGACACAUUCACCAUGGACUUCUGCUUCCCGUUUAGCCCACUCCAGGCCUUCGGCGUCUGCUUGUCCAGUUUCAGUUGGAAGCUGGCUGUUGAAUAACUCAAUAAAAUACCAUACCCUUA